CAAAUGCUGCAUUUGGACAUCUCAUCCCGAUCCCUUUCAAUGUAAAGAUCCCGUUGUCUGGAUUUUUGACAGCAAACAUCGAACUCGGGUUUUUGUCACCUCCGAGGUUGUCCUGGAUUUAGGCACUUUUACAGAAGAAGCUAGAGAGUUGGCUAACUGCGCAGUUUACAAAGAUAAAAUCUUACCUAAUUACUUUGUGGAACCCCAGCUUGAAAUUCUCUACAAUCAAAGUAAGGAAAUUCUCGAGUCUGCCAUGAGAGCAUUUAUGGAAAUGCAUGAAGGGGAAGUCUUCCUACACGGUGUCAACUUGUUAUGGUCUUCAGUGUUUCAUAAACUAAUUGAUGCCCAGUUUGAGGCUCCUUGUUUCAAAUUUGUUAAACCAACAUCGUCUUUAGAUCUGGAUGGGGAGAUGACCUUACCUCAUGAUUUAAAGUUGACUAAAUUAGAACAUCAGGAUAUCCAAAAGGUACACUCUUCAAAUAAGGUAACCUAUGACAUCAAAUAUAUUGAGGAUUGUUUCCGCCUUUCAAGUGCUAUAAGAAGAGUUGAUAAUGACGAGUUGGCUGCCUGGACUAUGACCCAUCGUGACUUUGCUGUAGGAGCUCUUUAUGUUUUACCUGAAUACCGUCGCAAAGGCUAUGCUGAAGUGAUUUUACAUGAUGUAUGUAAGCAACAUGUUGCUUUCUAUAAGCAAGCAAUUCCUGAAAAGGCGGCAGAUCUUUACUUUUCUGCCACUGUAGAAUACUUUAAUACUCCUAGUGCAAACUUAUUCAAAAAAACUGGCUGGGUUAGUCUUGGUCUUGGACGCACUUGGAUUGCCGGAUCUCCAGUUGGAAACAAAUAGUUACUUGACAUCUAGUUGUAACAUAAUUUAUUUUUUUAUUUUUUAUCAAGUAUACAAUUAUAUGUGAUGUUACGAUUUUUAAAAAAAAAAAUAAAAAAAAAAUUGAGUAUAAACAAAAUGAAACCCUUCUCUUUUAGAUGACAGCAGCAAAAAAACC